AUGACCUAUGAAGCCUUCAAACUGAAAGGCCUCUCUGAACAAGUCCGCAAUGACUUCGUCAGAGACGUUGCAGUAAGGCUACAGGCUCAUUUGGUCAGAGAGGCUGAGGAAAAGGCCAUAAGAGAAGUAGAAGAGAAAGCUCGCUUGGAGGAAGAGCAAUGGAUUAGAGAAGUUGUAGAAAAGGUUGUUGCUGAAGCUGCUGCUGCUGCUGCGACUGCUGCUGAAGCUAAGGCAAAAGCAAAAGCCGAAUCUGAAGAAGCAGCACAUAUAGCCGUGGAAGAAGCUGCAAAGGAUAACACUGAUACUCUAACUCAGGGGGAGCAAUCUAACUUUGGCUUCACCCCUCUGUUCUUGAAAACUCUAGAAGAACUACAGAAGGAGCAACAGAUUGUGCGAGUAAGAUUGGAUCACAAGGACUCCAUCAACAACAAUAUUCAGAACCUGCUGACUCAACUGAUCCCAAGGAUGCCUCAUCCUCCAAACCCUUAG